AUGGCACCGCCCAACACCAACAGACAUGCUCUCGUGUUUGGAGGCUCCGGGGUGACCGGGUGGGCAGUUGUCGACCAGCUGCUAAACGACGACCCGGCGUCAGGGGGAACUGGAACGUGGAGCAGGGUGACCGCUCUGACGAACCGGCCUCUGACUCUCGAGGCCUCUCAAUGGCGGCCGAAGACUGGCCAGCUGCAAAUCGUGUCAGGCCUCAACUUGUUGAAAGGGGAUCAGGACUCGUUGGAGGAGGCAAUGAAGAGCAAAAUCCCGGAUAUCCAUACAGUCACACAUGUUUUCUACUUUGCAUACAAGGCAAAUACCGAUUUCGAGCAGGAAAAAAAGGAUGCGGUCGAUAUGCUGGCUCGGUCGAUCACCGCGGUUGACAAGCUCUCGCCGGUGCUGAAAGUCGUCGCUUUCCAAACAGGGGCCAAGAUGUACGGCUUCCUUCUUCAACAAGACCAUUACCUCCCUGUCCCUCUUCGAGAGAGUCUCCCGCGUCUCAAAUCACCUUACAGCGACCAGCUGUUUUACCACGCGCAGCUCGACUGGUUGAGCGCCUACAGCGCCAGGAGGGAAGGGAAGGAGAAGGCAUGGACGUGGUUCGAGACGAGGCCGGAUAUCAUCAUCGGCUUCGCACCGAACCAUUCAGCUUACUCGCUGGCAACGUCUCUGGGGAUUUACUUCUCGCUGUGGAGAGAGAUCAACGGCGCGGGCAGCACGGUUCCUUUCCCCGGCACCAUGAAAAGCUGGAAGGCCAAGCACAACGAGGCCGGCAGUGAGGCAAUCGCAAAGCAAACCAUCUUCCUGGCUUUACAUCCCGAGGCCUACGUCAACGGAGACGCGUUCAACGUGGCAUCCUCGCCCCAGUAUGAAACCUGGGAAGAGAAAUGGCCGCAACUGUGCCAGUACUUUGGUCUUCAGUCAGCGCCUCCGAGGGCGAUGCCGAGGCCCAUCCGGGCUUACAUCAACGACAAUCAGGCCCGAUGGCAAGAGAUGGAGAAGAAGCAUGGGCUCCGAACCGACAUUGCCCAGUCCGAGGUGACGAUGCCUGGGUUCGAGAUCCUGCAUCUGAGCCUCGCCGAUUUUGACCGCCAGUACGAUCUAAGCAAGAUCCAGAAGGUCGGGUGCAACGUGCAGUAUUCCAUCAUGGAUACCUGGGGAUGCACCUUUGACCGAAUGAGGAAGGCCAGGUUCAUUCCUUGA